AUGGAAAAAACCACGCAUGCUCGACUUCAAAUGAUCCCUGUUCUUCUUUAUAAUUUUAUGGUUGCCGGUCAAUAUGCCAUUUUUAUAUUUCGCGACAAUCAGAUCAAACGGUGUUUAAAACACAUCGAAGAGGAUUGGAAGAACGUUAUCAACGCGAACGCACGAAGCAUGAUGCUAACAUCCGCGAAGACCGGCAGACGCCUAGUCAUGUUCUGUGGAAUUCUUAUGUACGGUGGUGCCUUCACCUUUCGAACGAUACUACCGUUGUCUCAGGGAAAAAUCGUCACCGAUCAGAACAUCACAAUCAGACUUUUAGCGUGUCCUGGUUAUUAUUUCUCAAUUGACGUGCAACUCAGUCCCACCUAUGAAAUACUUUUUGUCAUCCAAUUAUUGUCUGGAUUAGUUUCAGCUUCGAUUGCGACAGGUACGUGCGGCUUCACGGCCAUUUUUGUAGUGCACGCUUGCGGCCAGCUGAAGAUUCUGAUGGAUUUAAUGAGAAAUCUUGUCAAAAAGAAGUGGCAAGCAGGAUACGAAGUGGAUAAAAAGCUAGCAGAUAUAGUCGAACAUCAAAUAAGAAUACGCAGUUUUCUGCGUUUGGUACAGCAUACUCUGCACCAAGUGUGUUUGAUGGAAAUAAUGACGAAUACGAUAACCAUUUGCGUUAUGGUAUAUUUAAUGAUGAUGGAAUGGCAAAAUAAUAACACUGCAGGUGUAUGCACUUAUUUGUUAUGCGUUACAAACGUGACGAUUCAUAUAUUUAUGUUUUGUUACACUGGUGAACAGCUUACCGUACAGGCAGAAGAAGUAGCUACUGCAUCCAGCGAACUCGAGUGGUAUCGUCUUCCGGACAAGAAAGCACGCAGUGUUGUAUUGCUGAUGAUUAUGUCUAAUACGCCGACCAAGAUCUCCGCUGGAAAGCUCAUCGAUUUGUCACUUAUGACAUUUGGUCAAGUAAGAUUGAUAAUUUCAAGUGCACUUAUUUAUCCGUGUCAAAAACUACAUUUUACCUAUAAAACACGUUUCUUAAAAUUUUCUUAUGAUUUUUUUUUGCUGAGUUACACAACUUUGAACUUAGACAACUUUGUGCCACUGAGCAAGGGAAAGUUCGUCACCGAUCAGAACAUUACGAUCAGAUUUUUGCCAUGCCCGAGUUACUUUGUUCUUUUCGACGGACGUAUUAGUCCCGCAUACGAAAUCAUGUUCUGUAUACAGUUCUUCUCUGGAUUUAUAAAGUAUACUAUUACGGUGGCGAUCUGCAGUCUGGCCGCUCUCUGCGUUAUGCACAUAUGCGCGCAGUUAGAAAUACUGAAGGCGUUGAUGAACAAUUUAGUGAACGAGUCUGAAGUCAAGAAUUUGGACAAGAGACUGGCCGUGACCGUGGAAUACCAGAUCAGGAUGCGAAAUUUCUUACAAUUGGUGCAGAACACUUUGGAAUAUACGAGUCUGUUAGAAGUGAUGGGAUGUACGAUAAUUGUAUGUCUUUUAGGACAUGAUAUUCUCACGGAGUGGGAAGAUCAAAAUGUUGUAGCUAUGGGCUCGUAUCUCGUCCUACUCACGUCAAUUGGAUUUAAUAUUUUUAUCUUUUGUUUUAUCGGCGAGCAACUUUCCCUAGAGGCGGAGAAAUUGUCAUUAACUGUGUGCACAUUGGCCUGGUACCGUCUUCCGGAUGCGAAAGCACGAGCACUGACCUUGGUCAUAGCCAUGUCGAAUAUUCCGACAAAACUUAGAGCUGGGAAGUUUAUCGAUCUUUCUAUCAGAACCUUCGGCGAUGUUGUUAAGACGGCCGUAACGUAUUUUAAUCUUAUUCGAAAAGUUAUGGAAUAA